AUGUUCCGUUUUUAUUACAAUUCUAGUUAUCUGAGAGGCAAGGCUAAAGAUUUUGAACGGACUCGUUUGAAAGAGAACUGCGAAAAAUACCAAGUUGCGAGUCAAUUUUUUCACGAAACAAUACCAGAAGACCAGGCCUCCAUAGUGAUGGUGGAAGAAAUUUGGAACAAAGAGUUACAUGAGAGAUACGAAAGUAAGCGGAAAAGAAUCAAAAGGAAACUGAAAGCAAAAAGGUACGAUCAGAUAGAAAAGUUGCUAUUCCAUGGUACUUCAUCAGAUGUCGUUGAUGCCAUCUGCAAGCAGAACUUUGAUCACAGAUUGCGAGGAAAGCAUGGGACAAAGUAUGGAAAGGGGAGCUAUUUUGCUGUAGACGCUUCCUACAGUAAUAACUACAGCGGUCUAGGUGGGGAUAAGACGAGAUUCAUGUUCCUAGCAAGAGUUUUGACGGGGGAAUAUAAGCUUGGAAUGCCAGAUUUUCGUCGACCACCUCUGAAAGUUCCAAACGAUCCUGCCAGCGAUUUGUACGAUUCAUGCGUCGACGACGAAAAUCAACCAAAGAUCUUUGUCAUAUUUAAUGACGAACAAUGCUAUCCUUCCUAUCUAAUUUAA